AUGCAGCUCACACCUCGGCGUCAUGAGCUACUCUCGGUUUACAUGCUUGGAGCUGGCACGUUAUUUUUGUAUUUGGGAUAUAUCAUUCAAGGAUUCAUAGCGGAAGCAGUCAUUCACACUGUCAGUGAGCGAUAUCCAGGAUCGAUUACGAAAUUUGGUGGAUUUUAUGGGCAGGCAAUCCAUUAUACAGCGUUUGCUACUUCAUCCCUUAUCACUCCAUCGAUACAAGCCUAUGUCCGCUCUAAGUGGAUCCUUACCUUAGCUAGCGUGUUGUUUGGUAUCUACUAUCUAGGAUUCAUUAAAGUCAAUGCUAUUUAUUUCUUCAUCUCACAAGGCCUUAUGGGCCUUGGAUACUCGUUUUACAACAAUGGCGAAGGAGCAUACCUAUCCGAACAUUCGUCAAGGAAAACUCUUGAGUCGAACACUGGCAUAGAAACGGCUGUUGGCCACAGCAGUAUGUUCAUCGGUGGUGCAGCUUUGGUGCUCAUCUACUACAUAAUCACACCUACAGGAUCAGGCGAAGUUGCAACGCAGUCCUACACGGACUCACAAAUCCAUGUGAUUUAUGGCGUUUUCUUUGCAUUAAAUAUGAUAUCUAUCAUAAUCUUCGUAUGCCUGCCAACUAAGGAAUACGAUAGCAUCGCAUCAAAAUCUCGAGAGGCUGUGCCCAGUAUAAAAGAACAGUUCUUAGUCGUUGGAGCGGCAUGGACUGUUGGGUUAUACACACAGAAGCUGCAUUGUGCUGAUCCCGUGCGGGAACCACUUCUGCCAGAGCGUAGGCAUACUUCUGUGAANAAAUUCAAAUCAACCAUACUACAACCGAAUAUGCUGUUAUUGACGCCAUUCUUUGCCUACAUGGGCUUGAUCGUUUCGUUCCUCAUUGGCGUCUAUCCAACCACUCUGGCAUUUACAGCUGCUCUCAAAAACGAUGUCUACAUUGUCGCUAUCUACAGUCUUUCUAUGGGAGCAGCAGAGAUUUUCGGUGGUGUGGUGCUUAGACGUCUGAUUAAAAGGUCUCAAGAAUGGGGUUUGGUUGUGACGAUCAGCUUGCAUUUCAUAUCAGUUAUGACAGCGAUCAUAAUGAUCCUCCUGUCUGUACCCGAUAUGGCUUCGAUCGAACCUACCACUGCAUCGACGCUGCUCAUCAAGCCCAGGUCAGCAUCAGAAUGCCAAAUAAAACGCGGAAAGGUCGAGAAAGGCGAGUCCAAAGAAACUUCCCUGUCUGGAAUUCCCAAACCAAUCGAGCAGUUUGAUGCUACAGUCUAG